AUGAUGAGGCCGAGUUGUACCUUUUUCAUACGGCGAUUCCUAUCUUCUUCCCCAAUUCGCCAUGAAUCAGGUAAAUCCCUUUGCUGCUCUCAACCCUCGCUACUUUCUCGUUGUUUCUGUACAAAAGGCGUCGUUGCUAAAUUCAAUUUCAGUGAAAAAAUUAAGAACAUUAAUGGGUUGGAUGAUGCUCUUUGCCUGUAUGAGAACAUUUUGAGAACGAGACCUCUACCAAGUACUGUUCAGUUCAAUCAAUUGCUCUCGCGUGUGGUCAAUCUGAAAGAGUACUCUGCUGCUAUUAACCUUUUCAAAGACAUCUGCAGUUUGGGGGUUUCAGUCGAUGAAUACACUAUGAAUGUUGCUAUCAACAGCUUUUCCCUUUUGGGCCGGAUCGAUUGCGGGUUCUCCGUUCUGGGUUGGUUCUUCAAGCGGGGUUGUUCUGCGGAUGAAUAUACCUUCAGCACCUUACUGAAAGGCCUGUUUCGAGAGAAGAGGAUAAACGAAGCACAACAGUUGAUAAGGAAGAUGGUUGGAGAAGGGCUUUGUGAGCUAGACAUUGUAACUUGUGGUAUUGUGGUCGACGGGCUUUGCAAGGUUGGUAACACCUCAAUGGCCGUUGAAUUCCUCAGAACAUUGGAAAAAGGGACACUCAAGCCCAAUGCACAUAUAUAUAACAUUGUUAUUGACGGCUUGUGUAAGGAUAGAAUGAUAGACUCAGCCUUGGCACUUUUCAACGAAAUGCCCGAGAAGGGAAUCCCGCCAGAUGUCGUUACUUACAGUUCUUUGAUAGGUGGUUUGUGUAAUUUCAACCGUUGGAAGGAAGUAAAAAAGCUGAUGAAGGAGAUGGUGUUCAUGAAGAUAUAUCCAGAUGUGGUCACGUUCAGUACCUUGAUUGUUGCUUUAUGUCGGGAAGGAAUGAUGGAUGAAGCGGAAGAUAUAAUCGGAAUCAUGAAGCAGCAGCAUGUAAUUCCAGAUGUCACUUGUUACAGUGCAUUAAUGAGCGGAUAUUGUCUUCAAGGGCGUAUGGAUGAAGCAAGGAAUAUUUUUGAUUCAAUGGGUAGUAGCAAGAAUUGUACUCCUGAUGUUAUUAGCUAUACCACAUUAAUCAAUGGCUAUUGUAGAAAGAUGAAGAUGGACGACGCUUUGGUUAUUUUCCAUGAGAUGCCCCGUAAAGGGAUCAAGCCUGAUGUGGCUGUGUAUAGCACUAUACUGGAGGGUUUCUUUCGUGUGGGCAAUUGGCGCGUAGCUCUUGAUAUUUUCUAUGAUAUUGAAUCUGUCGGACUAAAACCUAACUUCUAUACAUACUGUAAUAUGUUGGAUGGAUUAUGUAGGAAUGGGCAAAUCGAGAGGGCUUUAUCGUUGUUAGAAGCAUUAGAGCACAAGGGACAACAUCUUCAUAAUGAAUACUAUAACAUCGUCAUGAAUGGUUUGAUCAGGUUCAAUAAGCUGGAUGCGGGUCGAGCUAUUUUAGAAGAUAUGGUUUCGAAGGGGUUGGAAUGUGAUGUGGUGACCUACAAUGUUUUGGUUAAGGGAUGUUGUGAAAAUGGGCUAUUAGAGGAAGCUAAGGAUCUUCUUUUCAAAAUGGGACAAUCAGGUUUGUACCCGGAUGAGGUUACUUAUAACACUAUGGUCCGAGGGAACCUAGCAGGUGGCCGAUAUGAUGAUGCAGAAAUGUUUCUUGAGGAGAUGGUUGCCAAAGGAUUCUUGCUAGAUUUAAAAACAUUUGAGAUGCUACUUAGAUUAUUCGACUCGAAGGAAAAGAGUCCCAAAAUAUUUAAAAUUAUUCAGAAGCUGGCGCCUAAUAGUUUAAAACAAAAAUUAGGAGCAGAGACUGCAGAAUAG